CACAUCAGCAUCAGGUGAGUCAUUUUUGGGCGAAUAAAGAAAAGAGGGCUAAAGCGCCUAGGAGGCAGAAGAGAACCAAUUUGAAGGAAUCAAAGUAACGCAAUGGCUAAUAACUCCUCCUUGGCAUCCCGAGCCGUCCUAAUUUACGAUGAGUGGAUCAAAGCAGCAGAUCCACGGGUUGGAGACUGGCUGCUGAUGUCGUCUCCUGUACCUCAUACGAUGAUCAUUGCAUCGUACAUCUAUUUCGUCACCACUUUGGGCCCACGGAUAAUGGAGAACCGCAAGCCCUUUGACCUCAAGAAACCCAUGAUCGUUUACAACUUAAGCAUAGUUGGUCUCUCACUAUACCUGAUCUAUGAGUUUCUGAUGUCAGGUUGGGCUAAUGGAUAUUCUUACCAGUGUGACCUUGUUGAUUACUCCAAUUCGCCACUAGCAAUUCGGAUGGCACGGGCCUGCUGGCUAUACUACUUCUCCAAAUUUAUUGAGAUGUUGGACACUAUCUUCUUUGUGCUUCGGAAAAAGAACAGCCAAGUCUCAUUCCUUCAUGUCUACCAUCACUCAAUCAUGCCUUUCACCUGGUGGUUUGGCGUCAAGUUUGCUGCAGGUGGUCUCGGGACCUUCCAUGCCCUGUUAAACAGCAUUGUGCACGUCAUCAUGUACUCCUACUAUGCCCUCGCUGCCCUGGGACCUGCCUACCAGAAGUACCUCUGGUGGAAGAAGUACAUGACCACUAUUCAGCUGAUUCAGUUUGUGAUGGUGACUGCACACAUCGGGCAGUUCUUCCUCAUGAAAGACUGCCCCUACCAGUUCCCAAUUUUCCUUUACGUCAUUGGCCUAUAUGGACUAAUCUUUCUGGUGCUAUUCCUCAACUUCUACUACCACGCCUACACCAAGGGCAAGAGGUUGCCAAAAGUACAGGCACAAAAUGGGAGUGGCCCACACAAGAAGCAGCAGUGAAUAUUUCAUUUUAGCAAAGUAUUGAUUUUCCUUUGACCAUUUCAUCAUGUGUUUUCAAGUUUUGACCAACCCUUAUGCUUAAGUUAUUGUGGAGUGUCCUCAGUCACUAUGUUUAAAGACUAUGAAGUAUGCUUUUAUAACAUUUUCACCAUUCUAAUUCGGCAUAACCAGAAUGCCGUCAUGAGGAGGGUAAGAAGGGUUGUGUGGGUGGCCGUAAGCAAUGAGUGGACAUAGAACUAUAUUGCCCUGUAUGAUCACAUCUGGAUUUUUCUUUUUGGUGGGGACUAAUAACUAUUGUUUUAACAUUGCCCUGGAAGUACUUAAGUUUUAAACAAAAAAGAGCUGGUAAUUUGGAUUUGAAGAAGAUUUGCUGCAUUUUAUUGUAACAUGCUAUGACAAGUGAGUGCCUUCAUGAAGUUGGUAUUGAUGUAAACUUGUUCUGGAGUGGAAGUGGAUGUGAUGGCUGUCCCAGUGCUUCUGCUGUGAAAGCCGCUGGAGCUUGAUUAACCUUCCCCGUGAACAGUAUCCGACUCACAGACCUGAGGGGGAGACUUUGCAAGCUACCCAGAGGAUGGAUGUGACUCGUAAUGUGUUCUACUUGAAUUAUUUAUUUGUUUAUUUAAAUGUGUGGAAUUAUUGUUUUAAAUUGUGAUUGUUUGAAUUAUUGAUUUGAUUUGGACUGUGCUCAGUCUUUAUCUUAUUCAAGGUUCUUUUUUUAAUUCAGUAGGGGGCUAACUGAAAGUUUCAUUGACUCUCAGUGAAGGAGCUAAGCUCCAGUCUCCAGAUUUUGUUAAAUGUGUUUUUUGUAUUUUGUUUUUUGUUAAGUGCUUUCUUUUAAGAUGCUUUAAUAUGAUGCCAAACUCAAGUGCAAAUGUUAAAGAUGGUUAAAAAAUGUUGCAUGUGAUUUUAUUACAAAAUAAAUUAUUUGACCUUUGCAUAAA